GUCAGACCGGUCCGGGUAGAUAAGUGGGUGAAAGGUCCAGCAGGCAGGAGAAACAGCAGCGCACAAACACCUCUCACAGACACGCACAGACCAGAGCAGGAAACUAAAAAUGUCCAAACAACCGCAGCCGAUCAGUCCGCUGAAGAACUUCUUCGCUGGAGGCUUUGGAGGGGUCUGCCUCGUCUUCGCCGGACAUCCACUCGACACCAUUAAAGUGCGUUUACAAACUCAGCCCAAACCCAAACCUGGAGAGAUCCCCCUGUAUGCUGGAACCAUUGACUGUUUCAAAAAGACAUUAGCCAAAGAGGUGAAGUAUGCCGGACCCAUGGACUGUGUCAAACAGCUGUACCGAGAGUCUGGGAUCAGGGGAAUCUACAAAGGCACCGCUCUGACUCUGAUGAGAGAUGUUCCAGCCAGUGGGAUGUACUUCAUGUCCUACGAGUGGCUGAAGAACCUCCUCACACCUCCAGGAAAAAGGUGAAUUAACGUUGAGAUACCAGCUGGUUUAAAAGAGCUCUUACAGGGAUACACCGUGGAGGUGCUUCGCCGCAGGCCGCCAAACUUGGUUGAGUUUGCCGUGCGGCAUUUUACACAAAUUCUGGAAAACCAAAGAAAUGACCAACGAGCCAAGAAACACAGCGCCAAGCCAGCAAGAAAAGGAGUCACCUUUGAAACGAAUAAGUCGCCAAAGGAUGAUGAAGAGGAGGAGGAAGACGCUGUUAAAUCCACCGCCAGUAAAUACAAUCGCAGAGUUUCAGUUUGUGCAGAGGCGUACAACCCUGAUGAUGAUGAGGACGAUGACGCAGAGCCUCGGGUGGUGCAUCCCAAAACAGACGAGCAGCGUCGCAGACUUCAGGAAGCGUGCAGAGACAUUCUGCUGUUUAAAACACUGGAUCAGGAGCAGUUCUCUGAGGUGUUGGACGCCAUGUUCGAGGUGCUGGUCAAACCUCAGGAGAACAUCAUAGACCAAGGAGACGACGGAGACAAUUUCUAUGUCAUAGAGAAGGGUGUGUAUGACAUUUUUGUGCAGAAGGACGGAGUGAGCGUGUGUGUUGGAAAGUAUGACAAUAAGGGGAGUUUUGGUGAGCUGGCACUCAUGUACAACACACCGCGAGCCGCCACCAUCACUGCAAUGCAGGACGGCGCCCUGUGGGGCCUGGAUCGAGCCACAUUUCACAGACUGAUUGUGAAAAACAACGCAAAGAAAAGGAGGAUGUACGAGGCCUUCAUUGAGUGUGUUCCUCUUCUGAAGUCUCUUGAGCUCUCUGAAAGAAUGAAGAUUGUUGAUGUUUUGGGAGCACGGGUGUUCAAAGAUGGAGAGUGCAUAAUAACACAGGGGGAGAAGGCCGACUGUUUCUACAUUGUGGAAUCAGGAGAGGUGAAGAUAAUGAUAAAAAGCAAAACGAAGGCGGGCCAGCAGGAUAACGCAGAGGUUGAGGUGGCUCGUUGCUCUAGAGGGCAGUAUUUUGGGGAACUGGCUCUGGUCACCAACAAACCACGAGCAGCAUCCGUUUAUGCUGUGGGAGAAACCAAAUGCUUAGUAAUUGACAUCCAGGCUUUUGAACGUUUGCUGGGCCCUUGUAUGGACAUCAUGAAGAGGAACAUCUCCCAGUAUGAGGACCAGCUGGUGGCACUGUUUGGCUCCAGUGUUGACUUGAAACACUAG